AUGUUAAAUCAAGAUGUGGAAAGCAAUUCUUCUUCCGCCAAAAACAAUUUCUCUCUUUUUACUUUACGCCAGACUCCUUAUCGUUUCUAUGUGACUUCUUUUGAACAAGUGUGUCGUCAACAGUAUCGAGGAGAAGGUACUCCAGAAAAGCCGUAUAUUAUCGAUUGGUUACCGGAUGAUCUCGAGAAUCCUCAAAAUUGGCGUAGUUCAUAUAAAUAUUUGUUGACAGCGUUCGUGGCUAUCGCUACGUUAGCUGUUAGUUUCUGCUCUUCUGCAUAUGUUGGCGAUGUUCGAGGUCUUCUCGAAGACUAUCAUUCAUCAACUGAAGUCAUUACUCUAGGUAUUUCUGUUUUUGUCCUUGGUUUCGCUAUUGGUCCUCUUCUUUGGGCUCCUUUCUCUGAAAUACUUGGCAGGCGCAUACUUUUCAUUUGUACCUAUACAGCCCUUACUGCUUUCAAUGCUGGAACUGCAGCAUCUCAAAACAUGGCGACCGUUAUUAUUCUUCGUUUUUUUUCUGGUGCAUUUGGCUCUUCACCUUUAACUAACGCUGGAGGUACAAUAGCAGAUAUCUUUGCAGCAAAACAACGUGGGCUUGCUAUGACUAUAUUUGCUGCUGCUCCUUUCAUGGGAGGUUUCACUGGUGACGGAGCUGGUUGGAGAUGGGUUGAAGGAGUUAUGGCCAUCUUUACCGGUGUUAUUCUUAUAACUGGAACUAUCUUCUAUCCAGAAACCUAUGCUCCAGUUCUUCUACGAAAGCGAGCAGAGAGAUUGUCCAAAGCUACUGGAUUAGUUUAUCGUUCGAAAUUUGAAGAGAAACGUCAAGUCAAUAUUAUACAGCUGUUGAAAACUUGUCUUUCGAGACCUUGGUUGUUUCUCAUUCGAGAACCAAUUGUUUUCUUACUCUCACUAUAUAUGGCUAUCAUUUACGGCGUCCUGUAUAUGUUGUUUGGUGCUUUCCCCAUAGUUUAUGAAGAAGGUAGAGGAUGGUCAACUGGUAUUGGCGGGCUUGCUUUUCUUGGAAUAGCUGUAGGCUUUGCGAUUGCCGUUGUAUAUUGCGUAUGGGAUAAUAAACGAUAUACAAAAGCAGUUGAUCAACACGCUGGGGGUCCUGUGCCACCUGAACUUCGUCUUCCUCCUGCAAUUGUGGGUGCUUUUGCUCUACCUAUCGGCUUAUUUUGGUUUGCUUGGACGAAUUAUCCAUCAAUUCAUUUUAUAGUUCCAAUUUUAUCAGGUGUACCAUUUGGAUUUGGCAUGUUACUAGUAUUUUUAGCUUUGAUGAAUUAUUUGGUUGAUGCUUAUCUCAUGUAUGCAGCCAGUGUUCUUGCUGCUAAUUCAGUUCUUCGUUCAGUCUUUGGUGCUGUUUUUCCCCUUUUCACUACUCAAAUGUUCCACAAUUUGGGUAUUCAUUGGGCUACAAUGAUUCCUGCUUUUCUUGCUACAAUCUGUCUUCCAAUGCCAUAUAUUUUUUGGAAGUAUGGAUCAACUAUCCGAAGUUGGUCAAAAUAUUCAUCAGAAGCAACGGCUUUCGUGGUUCGAAAAUCAAUAGCAAAAACAGAGGAAAAUCCUUUAGAAGUGAAGCCAGCAGGAGGAACGAUCGAAGAAGACGAAGAUAUUCAAGAAGCUGCUAUUGUUAUUAGACUAUGA